AUGGCAUCAGUUGGGAACCUCUACAACAUAUCAUCAGUUCUGAAACUGCAAGGCUUUGAUUUGCCUUCAGAGAGCAGUCUUCCUGCAUUCUUCUUUGCAACACUAAGCUACAUGAUUAUUCUCUUCUGCAACCUUGUGCUCUUGAUCACCAUCAUUAUGAAUAAGAGUCUCCAUGAGCCCAUGUACCUUCUCCUGUUAAACCUGCCUAUUAAUGACCUCCUUGGCUCCACGGCCUUGUUCCCUCAAAUUAUUAAGGAACUCUUGCUGGACACCGAGACUAUAGAGUUUUCAACCUGUGUUACUCAAGCUUUCUUUAUACAUGUGUAUGGAGGGGGUGCGGUGUUCAUUUUGGCUGCUAUGGCAUAUGACAGAUAUCUGGCCAUAUGCAUCCCUCUAAGGUAUAACACUGUUAUGACUAAUGCCCACAUUAUGAAAAUAAUCUCAGUUGUAUGGAUUUUCAAUUUUAUUUUAAUGACCAUCCUGUUUUACCUCCUCCUGCGUUUGCCUCGAUGCAGAUCUCAGUUGACUCACUCAUACUGUGACAACCCUUCUCUUCUGCAGUUAGUCUGUGCAGAUACAACUAUAAACAAUAUCUACGGGCUCCUUGUCACGGCCCUCACUCAGGUGAUUUCGCUUGGACUUAUAUUCUAUUCGUAUCUUCAGAUUCUUGUGGCCUGUUUCAGAAACAAAAGGUCUGACACAAGAAGCAAAGCUCUGCAGACAUGUGCCACACAUUUAAUCGUCUUUCUCCUUUUAGAGUGUUUGGGACUUUUUACGAUCAUAUCAUACAGACUGCAAAACCUGUCUGCACUCUCAAGACGUUUUAUAGGGGUAUCCACUCUGAUUUUUCCUCCAACACUGAACCCAAUCAUCUAUGGCCUUAAAACGAAAGAAAUCCGAACCAAAAUCGUAAAGCUUUUUCAGCAAAAUGUUUUUCCCUCCUGA